AUGUACACUCUUGCUGAUCAAUGUUUGGACCGUGUAAAUUUGGCUGAAUAUUUAUCUUUUGUGGAAAAUGGACUUAAAGAUUCUCAUGAUAUUCGACUUCUUGCCUAUUUAAUGCUCACUCGGCUGGUUAAUAAAUGCCCAAUACAAAUAUCUCAACGUUUGGAUGGAUUUUGUGAACAUAUUAAACCUCAACUUUUGUCACGUCCAAAACAAAAUGCUGUUAAACAAGAAAGUGAUAAACACGAGGAAUUGAAACGUUCUGCAGUCCGAACAGUUUUGGCAUUGAAGCGUGUGCCAAAUAGUGAUCGUUCUCAGAAAUUAACAGAUUUAUGGGAUAUAAUUAAUACAAAUAAUGAAUUGACUGCUAUGAAGGAAAUGCAGGCUCGUGAACAGACUGCUUGGACUGCGGUGAAUGGCUUUGGACAUUUGUCGCCUCAUAAUGUUAACGAAGCAAUGGAAAUUGAAUAA